UAAACCUACAGCUAUCAGCUUUUCUAAAAAAAAAAAAAACUCAGAACCGCGUAAACCCUUGCAGAGAAAUAUCAUCGAGAGAGAUGAGAGAUCUCUUAGGUGUACAAUGGUUGCGUUUCCUGCUGUUCUUCUCAUCGAUCGCUCUUCAAUUUGUUUCUGGAUUAUCGAAAGAUUCAUCUGAUUCUAGUAAGGGGGUAAAUGGUGAAAAGAAAUCUAAAAGUACUGGCAAUGGAUCAAUGAUAGCUGUCAUAUUACUUGUAACCGUUGCAGCUCUCGCUUUAUCAUUUUUCCUUUUCAAAAUAUGGCAAAAGAAGAAACGCGAUGAGCAAUAUGCACGCCUUCUAAAGUUGUUUGAAGAAGAUGAUGAACUUGAACUCGAACUUGGCCUUCAAGAUUAAACUUGUUUCUCAGUUACAUAAUUUUGUGACCUCCUCCAGGCGCGAAUUUACAAGUUUGCAAAGGUUGGAUCAAUGAUGUUGUGAUUUGAUGAGGUCAAACGAAUUGAAUUUGUAGCAUAAAUAUGAAGUGUAAACUAUAGAAUAUUAGCAAUGUUGAGAAAUCAUUUAUGUUUCAUUAGUAUAUAUGUGCUAUAUCUGUUUGUUAAAAUAUGAAUUUCUUUUAUUCAAUUAUUCUCCUUCUAAAC